AACUUUUAAGAAAAGCCGGUCCGGCACACGGUGUCAACGACAGAAGAAAGAUUGAUAAAACCAAGAAGAUUUCUUUUGGGUUAAUCUCUCUUUCUUCUUCGAAGAUUCCCAGAACCGCCAUUUUAUGUCAACCCAUUUCAGUUCUUCUUACCAGGUAAGUUAUUUUAUAUGAAUAAAUUAGAGUUAGUUCUAAAUUAUUUCAUUUGAAUUCAUUCUUUAACAAUGGACAAUAAUAACAACAAUUAUGGAUCACCAUCAUCCCCAUACCCGUAUCCAUACCCGUAUCAUCAUCAACCUCCUGCAUAUCCACCCCCACCUAGCUCAGAUUCAUACCAUUCCCCAUCUCCAUAUCCAUACCCUUAUAACCCUUAUUCAUAUCCACCGGCGCCACCACAGCCACAGCCACCGCCACCUCAUCAUCAGCACCAAUACUCCGGCUCUGUACCAUAUCCAUAUGUGUACCCACCACCUUCACCUACCCCUCUUCAACACCAUGGUAGUUUUAACAACAGUAAUUCUCAGUACCCUUAUCAACACCAGUUAAGCCAUGAGAGUUCCUUUCAAGGUCCUUCUGUAUCCUCCUCUCAUUUAAGACAUGAGAGUUGCCCUGUUAUGGGAACCGAGUCGUCGUCAACGGCAAAUCAUAAUAGUACUGUUGUUUACCCUCCUUUGGAUGAUUUGUUGAGCAAUAUGCAUGUGAAUGAGAGUAGUGUUCGUCCUUCGGCUCCUGCUUCGCCACCUGCACCCUUGGUUUCAUCUGUCCCGCAGUCUCCUGUUAGUUAUCCGAGUUCGAGUUUCGGGAAUGGUAGAGAUUUUUAUGGUUAUCCUAGUACUUCUGGUGCUUACUUUGGGAGGGUUGAUUCUUCUGGUCAUUACUCGGCUCCUCUUGUUACCAAUUCGAGUUCUUUUAGUGGUUCGCAGCAUAGCCAAAGCACGCAGAUUGUUCCUUGGCAGGAUAGUAAAGGGUCUUUAAAGGUUUUGCUUUUACAUGGGAAUUUGGAUAUAUAUGUUUAUGAAGCUAGAAACCUUCCGAACAUGGAUAUGUUUCAUAAAACAAUAGGUGAUAUGUUUAAUAAAUUACCGGGAAAUAUAGGGUCGAAAAUUGAAGGGCAGAUGAGCCGUAAGAUUACAAGUGAUCCCUAUGUUUCAAUUUCGGUAGCUGGUGCUGUAAUUGGGCGAACUUUUGUGAUUAGUAACAGCGAAGACCCUGUUUGGGAGCAACAUUUUUAUGCUCCUGUGGCUCAUUAUGCUGCGGAAGUGCAUUUUUUGGUUAAAGAUAGUGAUAUCGUGGGUUCACAGAUGAUAGGAGUUGUGGCUAUACCAGUUGAACAGAUACGUUCAGGAGCUAGAGUUGAGGGAGUUUAUCCAAUUUUAAAUACUAGUGGAAAACCGUGCAAACCUGGAGCUACAUUGAAAAUUUCAAUUCAAUAUACCCCAAUGGAGCAACUCAGCAUUUACCAUCAAGGCGUGGGUGCAGGUCCUGAAUACUGUGGAGUGCCGGGCACAUAUUUUCCUCUUAGGAAAGGUGGAACAGUAACUCUUUAUCAAGAUGCCCAUGUUCCAGAUGGGUCUCUUCCUAGUUUGAAACUUGAUCACGGGCUGUCUUAUGUGCAUGGAAAGUGUUGGCAUGACAUCUUUGAUGCAAUUCGUCACGCCAGACGUUUAAUUUACAUUACAGGGUGGUCAGUAUGGCACAAAGUUAGGCUGAUUCGAGAUGCUGGUAAUCCAGAUGUCACAUUGGGAGAUCUGCUGAGGUCCAAGUCUCAGGAAGGCGUAAGAGUGCUGCUUCUUAUUUGGGAUGACCCCACUUCAAGGAGCAUUUUGGGAUAUAAAACAGAUGGAGUUAUGGCAACUCAUGAUGAGGAAACACGUCGUUUUUUCAAACACUCAUCAGUACAAGUGCUUCUUUGUCCUCGGGUUGCUGGAAAAAAACAUAGUUGGGCCAAGCAAAGGGAAGUUGGGACUAUCUAUACCCACCACCAAAAAAAUGUGAUAGUAGAUGCAGAUGCAGGUAACAAUAGAAGAAAAAUCAUAGCUUUUAUUGGUGGACUUGAUCUAUGUGAUGGGCGGUAUGAUACUCCACAUCAUUCGCUGUUUAGGACUCUAGAAACAGUUCAUAAGGAUGACUAUCACAAUCCCACUUUCACGGGUAAUGUUUCUGGCUGUCCAAGAGAACCAUGGCAUGAUUUGCACUGCAAAAUUGAUGGCCCGGCAGCAUAUGACAUUCUUACCAAUUUUGAACAACGGUGGUUCAGGGCUUCAAAACCCAAAGGGAUAAAAAAACUGAAAAAGAUCUCAUAUGAUGAUGCUUUACUUAGGAUCGAUAGAAUACCAGACAUUCUAGGAGUUUUUGAUGCUCCUUCUGUUAGUGAGAAUGAUCCUGAAGGUUGGCAUGUUCAGAUUUUCCGUUCAAUUGACUCUAACUCUGUUAAAGGCUUUCCAACAAAGGAACCAAGAGAAGCCACAAGCAAGAACCUUGUCUGUGGGAAGAAUGUCCUCAUUGACAUGAGUAUACAUACAGCAUAUGUGAAAGCUAUUCGUGCUGCCCAGCACUACAUUUAUAUAGAGAACCAGUAUUUCAUUGGCUCCUCAUACAACUGGACUUCAUAUAAAGAUUUAGGUGCUAAUAAUCUAAUUCCAAUGGAAAUUGCACUGAAGAUUGCUGAGAAAAUCAGAGCAAAUGAGAGAUUUGCUGCCUACAUUGUUAUUCCAAUGUGGCCUGAGGGUGUUCCAACAGGUGCAGCGACACAAAGGAUUCUAUUUUGGCAGCAUAAAACCAUGCAAAUGAUGUAUGAGACGAUAUAUAAGGCUUUAGUGGAGGCUGGACUUGAGAAUGCAUUCUCACCUCAGGAUUACUUGAAUUUCUUCUGCCUUGGUAAUCGUGAGUUUGCAGAUGGUUAUGACACUCCAGUCAUGUCAAGUCCUACCGCUGCAAACACUCCUCAGGCCCUCAGUCGGAAAAGCAGGCGGUUUAUGAUUUAUGUGCAUUCAAAAGGUAUGAUAGUCGAUGACGAGUAUGUGAUAUUGGGAUCUGCAAACAUAAAUCAGCGCUCAAUGGAAGGGACACGAGACAGUGAAAUUGCAAUGGGAGCAUAUCAGCCCUAUCAUACAUGGGCAAGAAAACAGUCUAGUCCAUACGGACAGGUAUAUGGAUAUAGGAUGUCGCUAUGGGCAGAGCAUGUGGGAGGUAUCGAAGACUGUUUUACACAACCAGAGAGUCUCGAAUGUGUCAGAAGAAUUAGAAAUUUGGGGGAGAUGAACUGGAAACAGUUUGCAGCCGAUGAGAUCACAGAGAUGAAAGGGCAUCUGCUAAAAUACCCAGUUGAAGUUGAUCGGAGGGGCAAGGUUAGGUCUAUUCCCGGAUGCGAAACUUUCCCUGAUGCCGGUGGAAAUAUAGUGGGUUCGUUCAUUGCUAUUCAAGAGAAUCUGACUAUCUAAUUACUAUGAUAUAUUACAUACAGCAGCAGAGUAGCAUGAAGCUGUAAAUUUUUUGGGUGUGAUACUGAGAACUGAUUCAUUGUAUAUUUUCCAGAAGAUUCCUGUACAUUUAUAUACACAUAAUGAGAUAAAAGUUCUUGAGAUUUUUUUU